CAGUCUCAACCCAACAUGUUCAAGAACAUUAUCGGAGCGAUUGGCAAAAAGGUGGUCGAGAGCGCCACAAAGUCUGCUGCUGGUGCUGGUGCUGGUGCUGGUGCUCCUGAGGGCGGCGUUGGUCUUGCUGCUGCCAAGGAAGUCAAGGCGCGGGUCGUGAGCUCGGGCACAAGUGGCAGCAGUGGCAGCAGUAGUGAACGCGCGGCCGUGGCUUCGUCGUCAUCGUCAACGGCGUCGUCAUCGUCCGACGCAGCGGGGAGUGCGCAGUCGGCGUGGUCGCUUGCACAGUCGCUGCUGGGAACGCUCGGUGGCCGCGCUGGAGCCGGCGCAGGUGGCGGCGCAGGGAUUCCCGGGAUGGACACGUCCAAGCUGCUGAUGGGCCUCUUCCGCUUGUCGUCUGAGACGCGUGCUGAGCUCACACGGCAUGUCAGUGACCCGACAGUCAUGAAGCUCAUGCAAGAAAUCCAACCCAUGGCCAAGGAUCCCGCAAAGCUCGUGCAGUAUAUCAGCAGCCAGCCCCCGCACGUCGUCGAGAAGCUCACCAAGCUCUCCACCUUCGUCGCGGGCAACAAAGAGCUGCGAGACUUGUUCGAGUCGACCAUUAGAAAGUGAACACGAAAGGGAGUGUUGCGCUGUACUGUAGAAUUGUAGUCAUAAAAGACUGGGAGUUGAAACUUUGGAUUGUGCUCCAGGUGCAAAGCCUUGACAUGAAGCGGGGAGAAAACGCCAGGGUGUACAGUAUAUGUGUGUACAGUUGAAAAUGUUAAUUACAGAGAGAGUCACAA